GGUGUCCAUGGCGACGGUAUGUCAACACAGCCCCUGUCGGAGGACGUCGUGCCUGUGCGGCUUCCCAACUAUAAAAAAAAAAAACCCACCGAAAUGUCCGCUAUGAACAGAAAGUUGAUACAAACUCUCGCUGAAACUAUCUCAAAACAAGUGGAGCACUUCAAUAAAACAGAGGUUGAGUGCCUCAUCCGAGAGUUUAACGUGCUUCUUGGGGAGCCGACCAUCCCUGGAAGAGCAGCUAACGGCCUGGACAGAGGGAAGUUCAGGAGCAUAUUGCACAACAUCUUCGGGAUGACCGACGACAUGAUCAUGGAUGGAGUCUUCAGGACAUUUGACAAAGACAAUGAUGGCUUCGUCAGCAUGAAAGAAUGGAUUGAGGGACUGUCUGUUAUUCUUCGAGGGACCUUGGAUGAAAAAAUAAAAUACUGCUUUCAUGUGUAUGACUUGAAUGGUGACAACUACAUCUCCAGAGAGGAGAUGUUUCACAUGCUGAAGAACAGCCUCAUCAGACAGCCCACAGAGGAGGACCCUGACGAAGGAAUCAAAGACCUGGUGGAGAUCACACUCAAGAAGAUGGACCAUGACCAUGAUGGCAGACUAUCGUUCGAUGACUUUGAAAAGGCAGUGAGAGAGGAGAAUCUAUUACUUGAGGCUUUUGGAACAUGCCUCUCUGACACCACGAGUAUCGAGACAUUUGAGCAGCGUGUAUUUCAGGAACAGCUGGAACUAUGAAGAUAUCAUAUUCAUGCCCAUUUUCAGUUCUUUAAUAAAAAUGUUAACAGCUGUAUGUAUUGUGAUGCAAACACUUGUAAAAAAAAACCAAACAAAGUAGUUGUGAUCUCUGCAUAAAGUCCAGCGCCAAGGCAGCUCGCUUGAUCAAA